AUGCCAUUGAUUGUGACAAGAGAAGAAAAUGGAUAUGAGCCAAAAAUUGGAAUGAUAUUUUCAUCUGAAGAUGAAGCUUAUAAGUUCUAUAAUGAAUAUGCUAAAUUGACUGGUUUCACUGUGAGAAAAGCACAGUAUCGAACAUUAGCAGAUGGGACCAUAAGCCAAAGAAUAUUUGUUUGUGGAAGAGAAGGAUAUAGAAGGUUGAAGGAUCCUUCACAUGUGAAGAAAGUAAAUAGGAGAGAAACAAGAACAGGUUGUCCAGCUAUGAUAUGCUUUAAAAUUGAGAGGGAUAAUUGGAUUGUUUAUAAAUUCAUUCCCGAUCAUAAUCAUGAUCUUGUAAAAUCAUGCGCGCGAGCUAUGCUAAGAUCCCAAAGACAUGUUGAUGAAGCACAUGCUAAAAUGAUUGAAGAUAUGGAUAAUGCUGGCAUAAAACCAUGUGGUAUGUAUUCAUAUUUUGUUGAAGUUGCAGGAGGACCCCAACAUGUUGGAUUUUUAAAACAUGAUUGUGAUAAUUUUUUACAAAGUAAAAGGAGCAACACUCUUGAAGCAGGAGAUGCAAAAAGUGUUAUUAACCAUUUCAAAAAAUUACAAGCAAAUGAUCCAUCCUUUUUCUACACAAUGCAAGUUGAUCGUGAGAAUCGCAUGACUAAUUUUUUUUUAGAGAGAUGGCAUAUCAAGGACAGAUUAUAG